GUGUUUUUUUGUUUAUCCCAACCGUGUUCUUUCUUUUCUUCAUCUGAUUGAGGAAGAAACUCGACAUACAUCCAUCGACGAUUCGGUAAACCCAAGCAGGAGUCUAAUCUCAACGAUUGGGAAUUGUUUAGUCGAUUGGGAUGCUUCCCUAUAUCGUUUGGUCUCUUACGGACAUACCUUCUGCGAUAUCACUUGGGGUGCCGGAGGAUCCACCGCCGAUCUCACUCUCGAGAUCGCUUCGAGGAUGCAGAAGAUUGACCACGCUCUUGAGACGUUAUCCUGGUUAUCCUGAGGCUCAUCCGGAUGUUAUUGAAGCUAAUGGACUUGCUACUCCUGAAUCUUAUCAAAGUGAUCUUGCUUACCUGAAGAAAAAGGUUGAUGUUGGAGCUGAUUUGAUUGUUACACUGCUUUUCUAUGAUACUGAUAUCUUCCUCAAAUUUGUGAAUGACUGUCGGCAAAUCGGGAUCAACCAAGGGCAAACCGUCCUUAAGAGCUACAUAUCUAGAACAAAGGGCUGGAAUGACUUCCCACAUGGACGAUGGGGUGAUUCAUGCAGUGCUUCAUACAGUACACUUUCUGAUUAUCAGGUUUUACGGAUCUGUUAAAUAGUCAUACCACAACCAACACUGUCGAAACCAAUGAAACUGAUGAGGCUGCAAGCGAAGGUGAAUACCAACCUGAGGAGCGUCAGCAAAGAAGAAAAUGGUCUCACACUGAAGAUGUGGCUCUCAUUGGUGCUUGGCUCAAUACAAGUAAGGAUGCAGUUAUUUCAAAUGGCCAAAAACGUAAUACUUUUUGGUCACGUAUUGCAACUUAUUAUGCUGCAAGUCCUAAGCUUGCUGGUCUCGAGAAAAGACAGCCCAAACAUUGCAAACAAAGGUGGCAGAGGAUCAACGAGACGGUAUGCAAGUUUGUUGGAAGCUAUGAGGCUGCAACAAAAGCAAAAACCAGCGGCCAGAAUGAGGAUGAUGUGAUGAAAUUGGCGUACCAGAUUUACUUCAACGAUUACAAUGUGAAGUUCACACUUGAGCAUGCUUGGAGAGAGCUUCGCCAUGAUCAGAAAUGGUGUGGAGCUUCUACUAUAAAAGGUACUGGAGCUUCUAAGAGAAGAAAACAUGAUGACCAUCCUUCACCGACCUCAGUUCCAGCGAAUGUGGAAGAAGAAGCUCGUCCUCCAGGUGUUAAGGCAGCAAAGGCCAAGGGUAAAAAUGUGUUGAGCAAGCCAAAGACUGUGAAAGAAGAAGGCGCUUCGCUUGAGGAGUUUUAGAGCAUGUGGGAGAUAAAACAAAAAUAAUUUGAUUUGAAAGAGAAGCAAAGUAAGACCAAAGAGAAGCAAACAAUGCAUAAAAUGCUUGACCGUCUUCUAGCUAAAACGGAGCCGCUUACAGAAAUGGAAUUAGCAUUAAAGAAUAAGCUAAUUAGUGACAUGUUGUCAAGUUAGUUUGAGUUUAUGUUAAUGUUCAUCUGCUUGUAUGUUGUUUCUUUCAUUUCUGUUUUAUGUUAUGAGUUGUAUGUCUGUUUUAUGCUAUGAGUUGAAUUGAUGUUUAUGUUUGAAUUUAACUUGUUUGGUUUAUAAUGAUGAUCGGUUGGUUAUGUA